UGCAUGCGAAAAUAAUUUUCUGAGGAAGUGAAACUUGCGUCGUGAAGUGAAGUAAUUUUAUUUAUACUUUCAAAACAUUCCCGGCAAGAAUCUCAACAUAUAAAUAAAAACAACAAUUUUAGUAAGGUGCAUUUUUUUUUUAUUCCAUGACUGUUUGUUUACUUUGAAACACUGAAUAAAAAACAAUGACUAAUUCCUACGCAGAAACUAUGCGCAAUUAUUUUGCAUCGAACAGCCGUAUCAAGGAAUAUCAAGCUCAUUCCAGCAAAGUUCAUUCAAUUAAUUGGAGUUGUGAUGGUCGUCGAUUAGCAUCUGGUAGUUAUGAUAGAACUGUUUCUCUUUUCACUCUUGAGAGAGAUCGGUUGUGUAAAGAACACACUUUUAAAGGUCAUGGUGACAGUGUUGAUCAAUUAUGCUGGCAUCCGUCCAACCCAGAUUUGCUUGCUACGGCUAGUCUUGAUAAAACUGUAAGAAUAUGGGACGCCAAAUCUCAAAAAUCGAUUGCCACAAUUCAGACUAAAGGUGAAAAUAUUAAUAUUUGCUGGUCACCUAAUGGACAAACUAUAGCUGUUGGAAACAAAGAAGAUUUAGUAACAUUCAUUGAUGUGAAAUCCCACAAAAUACUUCAAGACCAACAGUUUAAAUUUGAAGUAAAUGAACUUUCUUGGAAUAACGAUAAUAAUUUUUUCUUCCUCACCAAUGGACAAGGUUGCAUCUAUAUUCUUUCGUAUCCUGAUCUACAGAUUAGACAAGUAUUAAAUGCUCAUCCAGCUAACUGUAUUUGUAUUGAAUUUGAUAAGAGUGGAAAAUAUUUUGCUACUGGUAGUGUGGAUGCCCUUGUUAGUUUAUGGGAUGUCGAGACUUUGGUUUGCAUUCGUACUUUUUCUAGACUUGAGUGGCCUGUAAGGACAAUAAGCUUUAGUCAUGAUAGUUGUAUGCUUGCAUCAGCCUCUGAAGACCAUUUAGUUGACAUAGCUGAUAUUGCAACUGGGGAGCGUAUUGCUGAGGUUCCGUGUGAAUCACCCACAUUCACUGUUGCUUGGCACCCAAAAAAAUAUCUGCUCGCUUUUGCAUGUGAUGAUAAGGAUAAGCACAUGAGGGAAAGAGAUGCCGGAACUGUCAAAUUAUUUGGCUUGUCAUCUGACAUGUAAUUAUGUAUAGUUGUAAAAAAUCAUAUUGUUGAAAUUCAUAUUCAUAGUCUUUUUUUUAUCACAGAUCUUAUUCUUAUAACUUUAUUUAAUAUCAAAUAAAGAUUUGUAUAUGCCUAGCUGUC